CCGUCCAAGUCCAAUCCCUUUCUCCCUCUCUCUCUCUCUCUCUCUCUCUCUCUCUGUCUCUCUCGCUCCAAAUUCCAUGAGCACAGCGGAAUCCACCAAAUAUCCCCCUCCUUUGAACCUAUCGAUCCAUCCCGAGCAUUUUGCUGGGUGUUGAUAGGGUUUCUGACCCAAAAAUUCCAAGGGAUUAGGUUUCGAGGGAUUCCGGUGAAGGGGAUUUGAGUUUUGCCAUGGGGGGCUCGGGGUUGUCCAAGGACAAUCUUCGUGGACUCGCACUGGCCCUCUCAUCGAGCUUUUUCAUCGGGUCCAGCUUCAUUAUUAAGAAGAAGGGGCUCAAGAAAGCAGGGGCAACUGGAAUCAGGGCAGGAUCAGGAGGGUACUCAUACUUAUAUGAGCCAAUGUGGUGGGCUGGAAUGAUUACUAUGAUAAUUGGUGAGAUAGCCAACUUUGCUGCUUAUGCAUUUGCUCCGGCAAUUCUUGUAACUCCAUUGGGAGCUCUUAGUAUCAUUGUCAGUGCAGUGCUAGCUCAUUUUAUGCUGAAGGAAAAACUGCACAUAUUUGGUGUUCUUGGUUGCGUUCUUUGCGUGGUGGGUUCUACUAGUAUUGUUUUACAUGCCCCAAAAGAACGGGAUAUUGAAUCAGUUACACAAGUGUGGGAUCUUGCCACUGAACCAGGAUUUAUUGCAUAUGGUGUUGUGGUUGUGUUCUUGGUUAUUUUCCUCAUUGUCCAAAUGGCACCACGAUAUGGUCAAACACAUUUGGUAGUAUAUGUCGGAAUAUGCUCGCUCAUGGGUUCCCUAACAGUUAUGGGUGUAAAAGCUGUGGGUAUUGCCCUAAAGCUUACAUUUGAGGGAUUGAAUCAAUUUGUCUUUCCUCAGACUUGGUUUUUCACAGUUGUUGUAAUUAUCUGCUGUCUUGUGCAGAUGAACUAUCUAAACAAGGCAUUGGACACCUUCAAUACUGCUGUAAUAUCUCCAGUCUACUAUGUGAUGUUUACCAUUCUCACCAUUUUUGCUAGCAUGAUCAUGUUCAAGGACUGGAACUCACAGAAUGCAUCACAGAUUGUGACCGAGAUAUGUGGGUUCGUUACCAUUCUUUCAGGAACUUUCCUUCUUCACAAGACAAAAGAUAUGGGUACCAGUCCAACCACAGAAUCUCUUCCAGCUUUGAGCAACUCGUAGGAAUUGUGAACGAGCAAAGACUCUUCCCAUUCUUUGGUCAAGUUAUCUUCUGCCAAUUAACACUUCAAGGCACAUAUUUUUGAAUUCAAACGCUCACGUGACGGUCCAUGAAAGUUUUGUAACGCGGAGACGAAUCCGGCACCGAUUCUGACCAGAUUUUUGGGGCACAAAGAAAGAACCUGGUUAUGACUAUUCAGAAGAAUGAAGGAAUUCAGCUUUGUUCAGUUGGAAAAAAACUGUCAAACAAUAGUUCACGCUGGGGUAAACUUCACUUGGUGAUUUUCCAAGGACCAUGGUGUGGUCUUAAAGCAUAGAUUCCUUGAAGGACUGUCCGCCUGUACAAUUUUCGCUGGAGACUUGACCCUUGGACGAAAGCUACGGAUGCUUUUUUUUUCUUCCGGUUACUACCAAAUAUUUUCUUGAUGACUUUUCAUUCUUGGAUUCUUAUUGCCACAUUUGUAAGAUCUGUACGUAUCCUUGCUCUUGCGUCAAUAUGUAGAAAGAGAACUUUAUGUUUCUAGUUAGACAUUAAUUCAGGAAACAGUUGAAAA